AUGAUGAUUGCAUGUGAGAGAUGGUUUCUGCCAUCAAUGGAUUGUGUUACAGUCGACACUGUCAUAUACGCAUAUCUUUUAGCCGCUCAUUAUUUAUGUAACCGGCAGACAAGAGCAGCUUUCCUUACGUUAGGGACGACCGUACGCGCCGCACAAUCUAUAGGCCUCAAUCGGGAGGCGCAAUGGGGCGAGGUCAGCGACAUCGAACGAGAAACGCGCAGAUGUGCAUGGUGGUCCGUCUUCAUAGGAGCAGGGUUUAUCUCCAUGUCGUGGGGCACUCCGCCGAUGCUCAGUGAGGCAGACUGCCAGGUCCACCAUCCGACCGACGUUGAAGAUGCAUGCAACUUGGAGCAGUGCCCAGGGUUCGGGUCGCUAGAGAAGCGAGAAGACGGGGAGAUUCGGCCUGUGACUGUCGGUUCAUACAACCGAUACAAGGCAGAGAUGUACAAAAUUGCUAUUACGAUUAUGCGCCGCGUCUAUUUUACCAAAUACCGCAACCCUGAGGAACUUACUCAGUUGAUCGCAAAGCUGCAUCAGCGGUUAUUAGCACUGGAGAAAUCUAUUCCGCCUGAGUUGCGAGUUGAGAACCAUCCCCACGAUGCUUUGCAAGAGGACCCGAACAUGUUUCUGCGGAAGAUCUUUGCUGUCCAAGCGCUUACUCUCCAAGUAUCAUACGACAAUAUGCAAAUCUUCUUGUUCCGACCAUUGAUCUCUAUCGGCGGUAUCCCAAGAUCCCUUGCGGGUACUCGUGAGAACUCACCAGGGCUUACCAACCAGACGAGCCUGGGGAACGUACCCAGCCUGCUUCUAAACGUUGCGCAGAAUCAGUGUUGGACAUCAACGAUGCGGACCUCUAUGGUAGGCCAAAAUUCGGAUAUAAUGAAGCUAUCCCAGUUUACCUUCCCCGCCGUACAUGUCGGAGUACACACAUUUUCCGCGGGCGUGAUGCUGGGUCUGUUGGCUCUGACCAGUCCGCUGUCUGCUCGUGGGCAGAAAAGCAAACGCGCCAUCGCCAAAAUCAUCCAGGUUCCCAAGGUGGCGAGGUUGAAGACGCACGUAUGGGGCCAAAUGACACAGAUUCUCACAGACUUGAUGCACGUUAUCGCAACCGAGGAGACAAAGGCUCUAAUAGCCGGUGUUGCGGGAGCCGACUCUAAGGAGAAUCUCGCAGAGCCAGAGGUAUUCGGCCAACCUUCGAAUCCGUAUGAGGACUUGGAAUCAAAUCCAAGAAUAGAAGACUCGGCGGGUGAGGUAUCAAUAACUGCCACUGAUGGAACUAAUUUUGACGAGCAUGCUACACUACGGAUGAACUUGCCAGCGGCCGUCGAAGGCAGCACGUGCGAGAUAUUAAAUUCUUCAGGCCCUUUCAUGACGGGUGUAGAAGAUCAGCAAGCUCAGUAUAGCUCACAGUUUGAUGUCUUUGAUACACCAAACUUAUGGCUUCCCCAACAACCGGCUGAUCCCCUGCAGAUAAUGGAUCAGCUGUGGAUGUGGGACGGGUCUUUCUCGUACCAUCAAGCUUGA